CAAAUUGUGAAGUGUGUUUUUUUUCGCAGAGGGGGAAAAAAUGGCGUUCUCCAACCCCUCCCUCUUAUCUUCUUCUUGCUCCGUCUACAGCAGGCUCAAUCCUCUACUUUUCUCCACCAAACGACGUCGUCGCCUCUCUCUCUCCCGCCCUCACUUCAUCCGUUUCAGAACCAGCCACUUCUCCACUGUUGCUGGAAUGGGCGAUAGUGGUGUGUUUACUUCGCCGGAGGUGGCGAAAUCCUUCGAUUUUACGGCGGAGGAAAGGAUAUAUAAAUGGUGGGAGUCUCAAGGGUAUUUCAAGCCAAAUUUUGAGAGGGGAAGUGACACAUUUGUAAUUCCAAUGCCGCCACCUAAUGUUACUGGUUCAUUGCACAUGGGACAUGCUAUGUUUGUGACUCUCGAGGAUAUUAUGGUAAGAUACCAUAGAAUGAAAGGGAGACCGACACUCUGGCUACCUGGAACUGAUCAUGCCGGUAUUGCAACUCAGUUGGUUGUUGAAAGAAUGCUGGCUGCCGAAGGAAUAAAAAGAGUUGAUUUAGGUAGAGAAGAAUUUACAAAACGAGUUUGGGAAUGGAAGGAAAAGUAUGGUGGAACAAUCACAAAUCAAAUCAAGAGACUGGGUGCUUCUUGUGAUUGGACCAGGGAACGUUUUACACUAGAUGCUCAGCUGAGUCGAGCAGUGGUCGAAGCGUUUGUUAAGCUUCAUGAGAAAGGCCUAAUCUAUCAAGGUUCUUACAUGGUCAACUGGUCCCCCAAUCUACAGACUGCAGUUUCGGACUUGGAAGUGGAGUACUCAGAAGAACCAGGUGCUCUAUACCACAUUAAGUACCGUGUUGCUGGUGGUUCAAGGGAUGACUUUCUGACAAUUGCAACCACAAGGCCAGAGACUUUGUUUGGUGAUACUGCUGUAGCGGUGCAUCCCGAGGACGAACGCUAUCGUAAGUACAUCGGACAGCAGGCAAUUGUCCCAAUGACUUAUGGCCGCCAUGUGCCGAUUAUUUCUGACAAGUAUGUUGAUAAAGACUUUGGAACUGGCGUCUUGAAGAUAAGUCCUGGCCAUGAUCACAACGAUUACCUUCUUGCUCGGAAACUUGGUCUUCCCAUUCUCAAUGUCAUGAAUAAGGAUGGGACACUAAAUGAAAUUGCUGGAUUAUACAGUGGUCUUGAUCGGUUUGAGGCUAGAAAGAAACUUUGGUCAGAGCUUGAGGAGACAGGGCUAGCGGUAAAAAAAGAGGUUCACACUCUACGAGUCCCAAGAUCCCAACGUGGUGGAGAGAUAAUAGAGCCUCUAGUAAGCAAGCAGUGGUUUGUGACAAUGGAGCCCUUAGCAGAGAAGGCUCUCCAAGCAGUGGAAAAGGGAGAAUUAACUAUCAUGCCCGAAAGAUUCGAGAAGAUAUACAAUCACUGGCUAUCAAAUAUCAAGGACUGGUGUAUAAGCAGGCAACUGUGGUGGGGGCAUCGUAUACCUGUUUGGUACAUUGUAGGUAAAGAUUGUGAAGAGGACUACAUAGUUGCUAGCUGCACUGAUGAAGCUCUUGAAAAAGCUCGUAAAAAAUAUGGACAAAAUGUUGAAAUAUAUCAGGAUCCUGAUGUUCUUGACACCUGGUUUUCGAGUGCACUGUGGCCUUUCAGCACUCUCGGCUGGCCGGACGUGUCAGCAAAGGAUUUUAAGGAAUUUUAUCCUACAUCAGUUCUUGAGACCGGGCAUGACAUAUUGUUCUUUUGGGUGGCAAGAAUGGUGAUGAUGGGAAUAGAAUUCACUGGGAAAGUUCCAUUUUCAAAUAUUUACCUUCAUGGACUUAUCCGAGAUUCGCAAGGCCGUAAAAUGUCUAAAACCCUAGGAAAUGUUAUAGAUCCACUUGAUACGAUCAAAGAGUAUGGCACUGACGCUCUACGUUUCAGUCUUUCUCUAGGAACGCCUGGUCAGGAUCUAAAUUUAUCAACUGAGAGGUUAAAUUCUAACAAAGCAUUCACCAACAAACUGUGGAAUGCUGGCAAGUUUGUGUUGCAGAAUUUGCCUCCUCAAAGCGAUUUAUCUGCUUGCAAAGCUAUGCAGGAAUUCAAGUUUGAUACAGAAGAGUCACUGUUCAAGCUACCUCUGCCAGAAUGCUGGGUGGUAUCAAAACUCCACAUGCUAAUAGAUGCUGUCACCACGAGUUAUGACAAGUUUUUCUUUGGAGAUGUUGCAAGAGAAAUUUAUGAUUUCUUUUGGGCUGAUUUUGCUGAUUGGUAUAUUGAAGCAAGUAAAUCCCGUUUAUAUCAGUCUGGAGGUGACUCGACGGCUUCUGUGGCACAAGCGGUUCUCUUAUAUGUCUUUGAAAACAUACUAAAAUUACUGCAUCCGUUUAUGCCAUUUGUUACUGAAGAGCUCUGGCAGUCCUUACCCAAUCGAGAAGAAGCUCUUAUAGUGUCGGCUUGGCCUGUGACUUCACUUCCAAGGCAAACAGAUUCCAUCAAGAAGUUCGAGAAUUUACAAGCUUUGACAAGAGCAAUUCGAAAUGCACGGGCAGAGUACUCUGUUGAACCAGCAAGGCGUAUAUCUGCAUCGAUUGUUGCAAAUUCAGAAGUCAUCCAGUAUAUUUCUAAAGAAAGGGAAGUUUUGGCUCUCCUCUCUAGACUAGAUUUGCAGAAUGUCAGUUUUACACAAUCACCCCCAGGAGAUGCCAAUCAAUCAGUCCAUCUUGUUGCCAGUGAAGGUUUGGAAGCUUACCUUCCUCUUGCAGAUAUGGUAGAUAUCUCUAGCGAAGUCGAACGUCUUUCUAAACGCCUUGCUAAAAUGCAAACCGAGUAUGAUGGUCUCAUGGCUCGCUUAAGUUCUCCCAGUUUUGUAGAGAAAGCUCCAGAGGAUAUUGUUCGUGGGGUUCAAGAAAAAGCAGCAGAAGCCGAAGAGAAAUUAACCUUAACAAGAAACCGUCUUUCUUUUCUCCAAUCCACAGUUAUGGUGUCCAACUAAUUUCAAUUCAGCGAACUUAUCGUCGUUCAAAGUACAAAUCGGCCUAUUAGUUUCAUGGAGAUUUCUUCAAGUAGUGGAGAAGAGGUAUGAUCUAUUGUUGUCUUGAUGAUGAAUUUUGUUUACUACAAAAGGGACAAUGAGAGAGAAAUGUGUAAUGAUGUACAGAUAAUGGAGGUGACAACAAUCUGAAACCUUUCAUCCAAUGUAAUAAAACAUGAAAUGUGCAUUCUUAAUGCAUCAUGAAGAAACUAAUAUUUGUUAUUGAGGGAGCGGCGUUUGGCCAAAAAUUUACA